AUGGAAAAGUUCUCCAAGUGGAGGGACCCGUCGACGGGCAUCCAGCCCUUCCUUCCCCUCGCCUCCCCCUCGUCGCCGCUCAAGAUCGUCCUCUUCCCCCUCUCCCUCAUCAUCGGCCUAGCACGCUCGAUCCUCCUCUUCGCCCUACUCCUAAUUUACGUCCUCGCCGGCUCACUCCCCCUCAUCUCCAGCAUCGUCACGUACCUCUGUGCGCGCGGUGCGCUAGCCGUCUUGGGAUGGUACUGGAUCGACACGGAGACGACUUCUGCAAAGAAGAAGAAGGGUACGGCGUAUACUCCCCCUCCCCCAGGGCGUGGAGACUUGAUUAUCGCAAACUGGACGGGAUGGGUCGACGUCCUCGUCCUCGGGUAUCUGCACAACCCCGUCUUUCUGCUGCCGGUCUUUACGUCUGCUCCUCAGCGCGAACAGGGGUUCGGGCGCGCAACGGGGACCGGAAGUGCCAACAUCCUCGCUCCGUCUGGGCCGGCCCCUCCUUGUGCCGGGUACGUCGCCAUCUCACCCCUCGCUCUUAUGGCUCGCGCCGGCACUCUUCCCCCUCUUCUCACCGAGGUUGAUGCGGAUAAGGUGUAUCCCACCCUCGCCGCCGCGAGGCGCUCUAUCUCCUCAACAGUCGUCCUCUUUCCAGAGGGGACGACGAGUAAUGGGCGCGCGGUGCUGCGUUUCGGCGAGGGUGUGCUCGCCGAGGAUGUAAGCGAGGGCGGCGUCGUCUGGGUCAAAUUCGUACGGCAUGCCCCUCCAAGCGCUCUGCUGCCAGGCGCUACCUGCUCCCUUCCCCGCGCUGGGGCACAUUUUUGCAGCGUGCUGUUCACGCCGCCAAUCCCGCGCGCUGCGGCGGUCCGGACACUGCAUCCCACCAACUCGCCUAGUGCGCCGACGUUCAUGCCUUCCGAGGUCCUCGCCGCGCAGCCUGGUGGCCUUGGAGCCGUGAAGGCUGGCACGGAGUGGCGCGACGCGUGCGCGAUCGUGCUUGCUGAGACGGGGCGGGUGCGGCGCGUGCCUGGUAUGGGGUGGGUCGAGAAAGCGAGCUUCUUAGACUACUACGCGCGGUCGCGGCGAUAG